GCGUCGUCGGGUAGGAGGAGAAUCAGCGGAGUUUGGGACCUCACACAACAAAGACGUGGCUACUGUCGAUCUUCUCAACGUUUCCCCAAUGCCCUCCUCUCAUCCCUGUCUUCAAUGCUUUGGAGUACGCAAAGAUAGAAGCACUUGAAUUCUCUUUUUCUUCUUUCUUUCGUGCUUUUUUCUCCAGUGGCCAAGCUCAAGCGAUGGAGAUGGAUCCCACUUUUGCGCAAUCCAUUCAAUCUCCCUCCUCGUCGGAGACACUCAUUCUCCUGGGGCAUGGCAUCACGGACAUGACCAUCGAGACAAUUCACGUCAUCUUCACCAAGAUCGGCGUUUACUUUGCUCCGCAAGUCAAGGAUCAUCUCCAGUCCUUCAAGUGCCUCCCGGUAUCCGAGCUCCUCAAGGAUGGCAGUGCGUUUUUCCAGCAGCUCAUACAAGCUCCGGUUUCCAAGCUCAUCAAGAUCUUGCUCGUCAAGGGGCAACUUGGGAGCCAGUACGCAUCCACAAUCGAGACCAGCGUUCGCGACAGGCUAGCCUACGAUGACAAAUACGAGGAGGACGAGGAGAUAGCUCUCGCAAAUCUCUGCGAGUUCUUCCAGAGCAAGAAACUGGAGCCAAACUCCACCAUCGUCUACUCGUGGCCAUCGUCAAGCUCUCACGUUGAGGUUUUCGUUCACGAGGAAGGAUCAAAAGCUCCUUCCAGCUUCAUUGUCAACAACGAGAACGUUUCCACUUCCAUUAUCGAGUGGAUUUUGGGAGAAAACUCCAUGACACCCUCCACUGUAGAAUCUGUGGCCAAGAGCAUCGCUACUGAGUGCUAGUCUAUGAUUAAUCAAUCCAAUCAAAAUCAUUUGAAUAA